GUUAGCCCACUAUGGGCUAGUAUAUAAGGCCCCAUGGGUGCAACGCUUACAUGUCAGUCACAUCGGCUUGGCGUAGGCUUCUCUUCUUGACCAACAACACCAACCCACAAACUUGAGAGAUGGCACCCAAGAAGGCCAAGAGGAGGCAGCAGCAGGGUGAGGGUGGAUCCUCCAAUGUGUUCUCCAUGUUUGAGCAGAGCCAGAUCCAGGAGUACAAGGAGGCUUUCACAAUCAUUGACCAGAACAGAGAUGGCAUCAUCAGCAAGGACGAUCUCAGGGACGUGCUGGCCACCAUGGGUCAACUGAAUGUGAAGAAUGAGGAGCUGGAGGCCAUGGUGAAGGAGGCCAGCGGCCCCAUCAACUUCACUGUUUUCCUGACCAUGUUCGGCGAGAAGCUGAAGGGUGCUGAUCCAGAGGAUGUCAUUGUUAGCGCUUUCAAGGUCCUGGACCCCGAGGCUACUGGGUUCAUCAAGAAGGAAUUCCUUGAGGAGCUCCUGACCACCCAGUGCGACAGGUUCACCGCUGAGGAGAUGACAAACCUGUGGGCUGCUUUCCCCCCUGAUGUGGCUGGCAACGUGGACUACAAGAACAUCUGCUACGUCAUCACACACGGAGAGGAGAAGGAGGAGUAAAGAAAUCGUCCGCCUCUCUCAAGACCGCUACCUCCAUUCACAUCCAUUCUCAGAACCACAAUCUUUACACACAAUCCCAAUCUUCUCCACCAUGACCGCUCCCUUGCACAUAUCCACGCCCCGGGCUCAUUCUUUCCAAUUCGCCAGCUACCUGCUAAAAAGACUUGUCGCCUUAAUGGAGACACUGGGUGAGAGGACUGAAGGCUUUCGGGGGUGUUUGCGUGUGAGUACGUACCAGCAGGGGAACAUGGGGUCACUUGUGACACUGAAAACGCUCUCCCUAUCUCUGUCCCUCCGCCUCUUGUUUUCUCCUAACUUUCUUAGCACUCACUCUGUCUUCUUGGGCUGAGGCCAACAGUGCCAGGCAUCAUGCUUACAUGCAGUGUGCGUGCAUGUGCAAGCCAAUGCGUGCACGUGCACACGUCAGUCAUCAAACAAGUCUUGGGUGCCAUGGUGCCUGCACAAGUCACUUGCUUGAAACAAGCAAGAAUCCUGGCCCCCUAGUGGUCUGUUGGUCUCCACCCGACACAGAGUGUUUGCUGGGUUUGUACUUCGCCUUGUAUCGGAGAAGUGUACGGCAGUACCGCGCUAAAAUAGUGUUCGUACUCCGUUCUCUUCUCUCGUACAUGUCGGGUAUAAACGGGGGAAAGUUUCAGAGAAAAGAGAAAGACAAACAGGAACUCUUGUGAAGGGGAUGGAGAUGGUGAAAGAUGGUGAGUUGGAGGCCAGAAAAGGAAUGAACAAAAGUUUGUUUGGACUUUUCUUAACCUCUCACUCAUCAAUGUUUUUUUUUUCCUUCUGUGUCCGUGUCUCUGCUGUAAAAAAAAAAA